AUGUCUUGGCAACAGGCCGAGGAUUGCUGCCCCCCGCUUCCGAAGAGUUUACUAAGAGAAAAAAGAACGGAGAGGGAGAGAAAAGAAAAAACAAAACAUAAAAAAGUGCCUCUUGAAGACAUCGAUUUGGGAAAUAUCCACCGGGGAAUUUGGUGUUUGGUGUUCACGCUGUGUUUCAGCGGCAUUCACGUCAUGUAUCUAUGUCAGCAUGGGUAG